AUGAAUUACAGAAACGAUAGUAAUGGAGUAUUAAACAAUAAUGAAAACAGUAAAAAACCCAACAUUUUUUUGAACAAUUAUGAAAAUAUAAACACGUCAAAGAAAACCUCUGCUGAAGAAAUAGCAGAAAAAUAUUUAAGAAGCAAAUUAAGUUUAGACUAUAAGGAGAUAAAUAAAGUGGAUUAUAAUUUAAAUAGUAAAAAUGAAUAUUACGACAAUAACAAAAAUAUAGAUAAUACGUUAGAUUAUACAGGGGUUAGUAACGGAAAUAGUUAUAUCUCACGUAAUGAUAAAUUAAAUUAUUUUAAAAGUACAAGUAAUAAUUAUUCAGGUUAUGAAGAAAAGGGAAGAUCAUACUAUGAUACCAUAAAUAAGACAUCACUUUAUUCUGAUAUAGUUAAUAAUGCUAUGAAUGUAAAUUAUUCUAAUUGUAAAAAUGAUGAAAAUAAACUUCCAUAUACCAAUUUAGCACAAAAAACAAAUAAUACAAUUAAUAUAGUAGAUCGAUCUAAUUCUAGAAAUUUAACUGAAUUUACUCGCUUAAACUCACUGAAGGAAGAACAAACAAAUAACUAUUAUGCAAAAACAGAUUUUAUAAAAUACGAAAAAGAUGGACUUAAAAAUUUACAAAUGAAAAACAAAGAUAGUAGUAGAACUGCUGAUCUUCUAAUAAGCAGAUACGAUACUGCAAAAAGCGUUAUCAAUGAUAAUAUUGUUGUAAAUGACAAUUUGGGAAAAUAUAAAUAUGGAAUAGUUAAGCCAUAUACAGAAAUUGAGAUGGAAAAAAACAAUGUUGUAAAUAAUAUAAAAACUGGAACCUCUUUAUUAAAUAAAAGAGAUAGUACAUAUAAUAAUAAUAAUAGUAACUUAGUUCAGGAUAACAAAUAUUAUUAUAACAAUAGGGAUAGUAAAUAUUAUAUGGAAAACUAUCACUCUAAAAGUAAUAGUGGAAAUAAUAAUAGUAAUAAACGAAAUUUAAUGCAGAGAAAUAAAGAUUAUGUUCACUAUCUAAGUAAACGAAAUAGUAUAUUAAAAAAUGAUUUAUCAGUUAAAAAAGACUUGAAAAAAAAAUCAAGUGUUUCAAUAAAUCUAAAACAACCACAAGUAAAAAACAAAUUAAAUAUAAAUAAAUACAAGCAUAACACUUUUUUUAAUUCAUUUUAUAAAAGUGCAAAAAAUAAAUACAACGAACUUGAAUUAAUGAAUAGUGUUAAUAUAUUUAACAUUGGAAAUGGUAUAAAUCGUAAAAAUGACAAUAAUGAUAGUCUCAAAAAUGUAAGCGUAAAAAAUGAUAAUAGCUAUUUGAGAACUUUUGAAAAGGAUGUUUAUAAAAUAAAUAACAGUAAUGAUUCUAAUUUUAAUUUUUUAAAAGAAAAGUUAGGAUAUACAGAUAAUACAAACAGUAUAGACUAUAUGAAUAAUAGCGAAAUUGAUAUAAGCUUCUUAAAGUCAACUUAUUCUGAUUCAAGCAAAAUUAUAGAUUCUCCUUUAAAUUAUGAAAAUGAAGCUUUUAUCACUGUAAAAAAACAUGAUAUGAAUGAUGAAUUGUUAAUAAAAAAUGCAAACAAUUCUAUUCGAUAUACACAUAAGGGUAAUACUGGACCUUAUACUAGUAGUCAAAUAAAUAAUCAACAAAAGUUAGACAAUAUAAUCUAUAAUGACAAAAGUAUAUCUGCAUGUGGGGCCCCUAAUGUUGCCAACAUUUCUGCUAAUGAAAAGUUUGACAAUAAUCAUUUAAAAAAGUAUUCAAUCGGAAAUACCUUUAAACCAAACAAUAUAGACGAUGGUAUAAUAUAUAAUGAUAUGUCAUCAAAAAAAGAAAUGCAUUUUACACCUGACCAAGCAAUAAAUUAUUUUACAGAAAAUUCUAUUCAUAACAAAAAUAAUAUAUAUGGAGAAAAAGAUAAAUUAAAAAAUAUGAACGAUUUAUAUAAAAAAGGAAUGCCAAAUGAGUUCGGAAUAAAUGCACCCCCAAAUUGUUCCGAAAAUAAAUUAAACAUAAUAAAUAUAAAUAAAAAAUACGGUGAUAAUUUAGUUUUGUCUGGAAAUGUAAAACAUGACAUAAACAACAAUUACGCUGAUCCAUCAAUCAAGUAUGCUAAUAAUAAUAACCAUUUAAAUGGCGAUUACAAUGUAGGCAAAUCGAAUGUGAAUAGCGAGAAUUUUAAUUUCAACAGUGCAAAGAUAUACAUAAAUAAGGAAAAUAAUAAUUGUGAGUUUUAUGAUAAACACACACAAAAUCAUUAUAUCGGCAAAUAUGAAUAUAACAACAAUAUGGAUCCCGUUUUAAAGGGAUCAAAUUUUGAAAGUGACGGUAAAAAAAGAAUAGAAAAUUUAAAUUUUAUAGACAGGGUAAAUUUAUCAAAUAGGGAUGGAAAAAAUAUAGGCCCAUUAUAUUUCUCUGAAAAUAAGUUAAGUAACAUAUUUAAUAAUAAAAUAGAGAGAAGAAAACUAUUGAGUGUUAAUAAUAAUAAUAAUAUAGUAGGUAUAGACAAUAAAUUAAAAAAUAAAAAAUAUAUAAUGCCUCCUAAUGAGAAUAUAAAUAUAAUGAAUACAAAAAAGAUAAGAGAUGAAAAAAAUCGAGUAAACGAAUUAAGUAACAUAAAUAAUUAUGAAGAUUAUUAUAAAUAUAUUAGUGAUUCAAUUAAUAAUAUUCCUAUAACUAUUAAAAAUAUGAAUAUUUUAUUGGCCCUAGCUUUAUAUUUUUUAAAUUUUAAUAUAAAUAAUAAUUCAACAAAAAAUGAACUUAGUGAUGAUGUAUUAAUAAAACUUUUAAAUAAAUUUUUAUAUUGUUUAAAUUUAAAGACAUGCUUACUAAAAGAAAAAAAAUUAAAUAAUAUCGAAAACAAAUAUUACUAUAUACAAAUAAAAAAAAAUGAAAGUUUAGUUAAUGAUAAUGCCACAGAUAAUAGUAAAGAAGAAACUAAUAUUGAUGAAAAAAAAAAAAAUGAAUUAAAUCAAAAUAAAGAAAUGUCUAAUGACAAGGAUGAUACAACACCAUUUUUUACUUUUUAUAAUAAGAGAAUAAUUAGGAAUAAAAACGAGCAAAAAGAUAGCACUCAAAUCGAGAGAACUAACAAUAUAAAUUGUGAAAUAGACAAUGGAAAUAAAAAUAAAAGUAUAGAAAAAACAAACUGUUUCUAUCUUGAUGAAAAUAUGAAAAUAAUAAGCCUCGGUGAUAUUUAUAAAAUAGCUUGGUGCUUGUGUGUAUUAAAAAAAAAUUUUAUGUAUAUAGAUUUAUUGAGAAUAUUAUUUAAAGAAUCUGAGUCUAUGGUUGUGGAAAAAGAAUUAAUUUUUUGUGUUACAUAUAUUUUUAAAUAUUGUAGAAUAAUCGAGAUUGAAGAUUGUAAAAAUUAUUUAAAUAAUAAUACAGUAAUAUGUUUAGACAACAAUAAUAAUGAGAAUUUAUGUAUGUAUUUACAUUUAUUACAUAUUUGCUCAAUACAUGAUGAAGGAUUUAUAAAUAUAAAUCAUAGAAAAAAUAUUAAUAAAAUAAUUACAUAUUUUUAUGAUCAAAUAGAGAAAUUAAAUAUAUAUAUGUGUACUAAUAUAUUAUGUGCCUUAGCAAAUUUAAAUAUAAAAAAUGAUGAAUAUCCAAUUUUUUUUAAUAAAAUGUUAAAUUAUUUUAGAAAUAAUAUUAAAAAAAUGAAUAAAAGUGUAUUGCUUGUUAAUAUUGCUUGGUCUUUAUGUAUUAUUGAAGUACCCUGUUCCGGUUUCCUAAAAGAUUUAAGUGAGUAUGUUAUUAAUAUUUUACAUUAUAUUCCUUUAAGUGAGUUUAUAACUAUAUCAUGUUGUUUUAGUUGUCAAAAGGCUAUAGUUAUAAGAAAUUAUUUUCAGCACCUAAAAAGAAAUAAAGAAAUAAAUCAAGAAAAUGCAAUAAUGUCAAAUUUAUCAAAUAAUACCAUUAAUGAAUAUAAACAAUAUGAAUCUAUAAUUUAUGAAUAUUAUGAAAAAAAAAAAUUAUAUCCUCAUUAUUUUUACAAAAAACCUAUAUGUAAUUCUAUUAUUUUUAAAAUAUUGGCAUACAGUUUUUUGCAUUAUGAGCAACGGAUAGUAGAUGAAACAUCUUGUGAUGUAGGAGAUAACAUAAAUGCCUCUGCAAAUAGUUAUCACCCAUUUUUGGAUGUAAAUAAUGACAAUAGAAAAUCUGCUCGAAGUUUAAGUGUAGAAAAUAAAUCACAAAAUCUAAAUAAUAUAAAAAAUUCAAAUAUUCACAAUUCAAGGUUUAACAGUUCAAAUAUAUCUACAAAUGCUAAUAAUCCAUAUUUUAUGCAUAAUGAAGAACAAACAAGUUAUACUUCUAAACUAGUUCAUACUGAUAAUGGUCUACGAAAUGGAUAUCCACCAAAUAGUGAUAGAGACACAAGAAGUAGUACUACAAAUAAUGACGACAACAAAUGGAAUAAUAAUCUAAAAAUAAACAUACAUAAUAAUGUAAAUCAUAAUUUAAAGGGUGAAUUAGAAAAUAAUAAACACUUUUUUGUAAUAAACAAAUCAAAUGAUUGUAAAAGUGGGGGUGAAAAUAACAGUAAUAUGUAUAAAGGUAAAUAUCCUAAAAAAUUUAAUGAGAAAAAAAAAAAAUUAAAAGAAUAUUAUAAUAUAUAUGAUAGAAAUAAUAAUUAUGAAUUUUCUUUAAACUCUUUUGAAAGAAUAUUAUUCACAAAUUUAAUUGAAGAUUGUUGUAAUAAUUUCGAAAAAAUAAAUACAAUUCAUUUAAUUGAACUUUUAUAUACAUUAUGUUUAUUAAACUUAGACAAAAAAAAAAUAGUAAAAUUAGUAGAAAAGAAAAUCGAUAAAACUGCAUUUAAUGAAACAUAUGAAAAAUUAUUUAUAAAACGAAAAAAAAAAUAUAUAGAUAUAUAUAAAAAUUAUACACCUGAAGAAAUAGAUAAUGAAAAAUAUGAUUUAAUUAUUUUACAUUAUAUUUAUAAUAAAUUUUCUCAAGAAAAUGGAAUACAAAAAGGUUUAGUUGAUUCUAAUUUUUCCCUUAUACUAGACAACAUAUAUUUUCACAAGUAUAUAAAUGAUGAUACAUUUUUUAAUACUAUUAAGGGGUGUGGAAAUAUAGGGGAAAGUACUUUUAAAAAGUUGAAGAGCAUACUAAGUCCGAUUUCUUGUCGUGAAAGAGAUGACGACAUAAAUGUAGAGGAGAACGUAGGAUAUCAUAGUGAAACACAUACACAAGAAUUUAACAAAAAUUCUAUAUUUGAUAGUUAUAAAGGGAAUCAUCAGCAUGUAGACAAUCGAGAAAACGAUAAAAAUAUUUAUAACAAUAGCAUUUCUACUAAUGAAAACUGUAUAGAAAAAUAUGAAAAACAAUUACAACAACUAAAUUUAUCUGAAGGAAUAUAUUUGAAAGAUAAUAUAGAAAAUGAAUUUAUAAAUAGAGAACAUAAUAAAACACCAAAAGAAUUAACCGAAUUUAAAAAUGAUUUAAAAAAUGCAUAUGAUAUAGCUAUUGAUUAUUACAAUAAGAAAGCAAACUACAUUGAGGGGAAUAGUAUAAGUAGCAUUGUCUACCCAAACCAUAGUAAUAAUAGUAGAAAAAUAAAUGAAUGUGUAGAGGUACCAACCACAAAAGAUAAUGAAACUAUGAGCCAAGAAAUGUAUAACAAUAUAAUCACAAAAAGAAAUAUUAAAAAAAUAUUAGAUAGUCACAACCAGGAACAUGUAUUUGAAAAAAAAAAUAAUAACAAUCAAAAUGAAAGUUAUAAAAAAGAAAAUAUAGGUACAUUCAAUUUUUAUAAAUUAUUUAUUUUAUUAUUAAAAGCGUCAACACUGUCUAUGGUUUCAUUUGUGUUUAUAUUUGUGUAUAUGUCAUUGAAAUGA